AUGGCUCCGGCAGACACCGCCCACGCACGCUCGGCCGCGCGCGUGGCGGAGAUCGGAGAGCUUGGUCGGCAAGGACGUUGGCUAGAUGCCUUGGCUAUCCUGUCAUUCCCGAGCUUUCCACUGGACGUCUACGCCUGUGGAGCCGUGGUCCGCGCUUGCGCGCAGAACGGAGAAUGGCCAGCAGCUUUGGGCGCGAUCCGGCUCGCGCAAGAGGUGACGGUGAAGGCCAAUGUGGUGGUUUGCAACACUGCCAUCAGCGCUUGUGCCAAAGGGCACCACUGGCAAGGGGCCUUGGCGCUGUUUCACGACUUGGCGCAACAGGACAUCCAGGCGGAUGUUGUCUCAUAUGGCAGCCUGAUCAGUGCUUGUGCACAAGUUCGGAAUUGGCAGCUAGCGAUGGCAGCGGUGCGCCUGAUGCAGCAGCAGGAGGUUCCAGCCAACGAGAUGACUUGCAGUGCAGCCAUCAGCGCUUGCGAAGAUAGCUCGUGGCGCUGGGCAUUAGAGCUUUUUGAGGAGAUGCUGAUGGAGAGAUUGGAAGCAGACAUCGUGGUAAGCACAGCACUCAUGACAGCCUUGAGCUUUGGCAAUCACUGGGAACAUUGUCUUCACAUUGCCGCAGACCUCGGUGAAAAAGUGACCCAAACCACGAGCAACGCCUUGGCGACCUGCUUGCAACGUUCAGCCCAGUGGGCCUGGGUGCUGUCUUUGCUGGAACAGAUGGAGACUGGAAGAGGUUUGGCAAAGCGCUGCACUGCGGACUCCAUCACUUACGCUGCCGCCAUUGCAGCAUAUGGUGCUGGCGGUCACUGGCCACAAGCUUUACGCCUGCUGUGGGUGGCUCCUGCACCCAACGCCAUUCUGCUCAAUGUGGCCAUCGCUGCGUGUGGAGAGAACAUGCAGUGGCACUGGUCUCUCCAAUUGCUGGAGGCUGGCAUCACACCUGACCUCAUUUCCUACAAUUCAGCCAUGACUGCGUGUGGUGCAGCCUCGCAGUGGCAGCGCGCUUUGGUUGUGUUCGAGUCAAUGAAGGUUCCUCCAGACUUAGUGACCUUCAAUGCUCUCGUCACCGCCUUGGGCACCGGGCGCCAGUGGCGUUUGGCCCUCUCCGUGCUUUCUGCUGCGGCGCUUCGGCAGGUGCGGCCUGGCACAGUGACCUACAACGCGGCGAUUGCAGCGAUGGAGCCCUGGAGGCCGAGCUUGGCCCUCCUGUCCUCCGCAGCUUCAUCCAUGGUGCGGGUGGAUGAAGUGGGGAUGGCAGCAGCGAUGAGUGUUUGCGAAAGAGGGCAUCUUUGGCAGCAGUCAUUGACCUUGCUGAAUGCCAAGAACUGUUGGAGUGCUUUGAGUUUGAUCGCCAAAAAUGCCCUCCUGGCUGCCUUUGAGAAGGUCGAUGAUUGGCGCUCCUCUCUGGUCGCACUGGGGCAGAUGUGCAGCGAGACCCUCCAAAUCGACGAGGCAGUUGACCGUCCUAUUGGGAUCAUCGGUGCCAAGGGAUGCGAAGGGAUUGGUCUAAAAGGAGGCGGUGCUUGA